AUGCUCGGUGUCGGUGCUGGAGUUGUGAUUAUCCUUGAGACUGGUCUAUUGGAAGAUACAAUAGUAACCACUCAUCUUUGGUGUCGCAUUCCUCGCCGCUCUCGCCUCCCUCCGGACUCAAAAACACCAGCGCAGAAGCAAUCAGAAUUACUCGGCCGUCUCCGACGUCUCGAAUCAGUCGUUACAGAGCUUGCGGCGCAGGUAGAGGAUGAAAAUGGGGCCAAGGUGAUGAUGGGUCAGAGAACUGUGGAUGCUUCUGGUACAGACUCUUCUUGGGCUACGUCAUCUGUUCAACUGACUGACUCGGCCGAGGAACAAGAGGUAGAAGAAAAUGAGGAUUUCGGAAGACUUGUCGUUGACAAAGACGGAGGACUUCACGUUGGGAAUCGGUUUUGGACUGUAUUCUGCUCAGAGGUCGAUAAUAUUCUCCAAGCUGUUCACGACGUAGCAGACUACUCAGACGACUCAAUCAUGACUGAACCAUCUACAAACGGAGAGCCAGCACCUCUUAGCCAUCUAGGCUUUGUCUUUGGGAGUGCAGAAUUCGCCAAAGCUCUCGACGGUCUUAACCCCAUGCCUUCUCAGAUGCUGUUCAUCUGGCAGGCUUAUGUUGAGAAUGUUGAUCCCUUCAUCAAGAUCUUACAUAUCCCGACCGUGGAAAAGAUUAUUAAGGAAUUAAAGGGAAACUUCAGUUCGUGUGGGACUGCUACAAAAGCUUUGUUGUUUGCCAUCUCACUUGCGGCGAUCACGUCUAUGGAUGAGGAGACGGUGUCGUUCAACUUCAACACACCCAAGGGUCAGCUCUUACAGCGAUAUCAGUUCGGUACAGAGCAAGCACUUGCACGCGCCAACUUUUUAUCGACCAAGGACAUCACUGUUGUUCAAGCGCUGGUCAUAUAUCUAUCUUUGCUGCCCAACAUCGGCGCUCAAGAUAAAGUCUUCCCGUUGACAGGGUUGGUUCUAAGAUUAGCGAAGGGGGCGGGUCUUCAUCGUGAAGGCGACGAGAACCAAUACAACCAGCUUCAAAGAGAAACCAGACGUCGCCUAUGGUGGCAAAUCUGCUUCAUAGAUUCAGCCAGUCGACGACCUGAUGCUUCUGACUUAUCCAUCUCACCCGCAUCUUUCAGCACAGGACUCCCCACCAACUCAAACGACAUCGAUCUAGACGGUUCAACAGCACAGAUCCCAAACCCAGACCAGGGCUCAACAGGUGUAACUCUUUGCCUCAUUCGUUGCGAGCUAUGGUAUCUCACACAAGCAAUUCGGGCAGAUAAGACAAGCUCUAUCGAAACACGUCUCGGCCUCUUCAACGCCUUGAAAGAAAAGGUCGAAAAAACCUAUUUCCAACACCUUCAGCAAGACCUAGCAUGGGACUCUUUCAUCAGAACAAUGGCAAAGCUCUUCUUCGCCAAAGUUGAGCUCGUCAUCCGUCGCCAAUCAAGAGAUCAAGAACCAACAGAUGAACUCCUCCGCCCGUCUAUUGAAGUCAUUCGCUGCGUGCAGCUCCUCAAGUCAGAACCUUCAUGGGUGAAGUGGAGAUGGCAGUUGCAAGGACAGAUGCCAUGGCAUGCGAUGGGUGUUUUCUUGCGUCAAGUCUCCCACCAUUCCUGGACGCACGAACUGGAAGAUGCAUGGGCUGCUACGAAUGCGUUGAAAGAUACAGCGACAAAGGAUAUAAGGACAGGAUAUCUAUGGAAAUCACUCAUGGAGUUAUACGCAGAGGCAGAACGACAUCGUGAGAAAGAACUGAAGCGUCAAGGCGAUAAGGCACAGCAUACACUCCAACGAGGCGAUCGUGUCAACUCAGACGUACAACAGAUGCUCGACAACGCGGGCAAAGAAUCGUCUGAGAUACCAGUUAACCAUCCCCUCAUCGACACAUCGACGUUUGACUCAUCACUUCAUAUUUCUCCACCAGCAGACAAUGGUGCUUUGUCCGUGGAACGACUGUCAACUGCAUUAGGUACUGCGUCCGAUGAUCUUCCUUCUUGGGAGCAGUCAGGUGGGGGUAUGGAUCUUGGACAGGGCGACUCUUUUGGGAAGAUUAACAUGAACGGAGAUGGUGACGGGGUUGAUUGGGAGGCUCUGAUGGAUCUUGAUGAGACUUGGAACUGGGAUUUCUUGUAG